GUUCGCUGGGUUGAACCGGAAUAUUCUGCGGAAUAUUCUAUCGGCUCGGCUGCGGCUAAUAGUGGCUCGGCUUAGCGGCUCGGCUUACAAGGGAAUAUUCUCGGGAAUAUGCUUCGGCUCGGCUGGAGGCUUGGCUUGAGGCUCGGCUCGGCUCGGCUUAACGGCUCAAAUAUGGCGCGCGUGUGGCUCAGUCGUCGUCUACCUCUGGGCGCGUGGCUGCGCGUGGUCAAACAGUGCAGAAUCUUCAGGCGGCGCGUGUGGGCUACCUCCGUCUCCGAUCAAGCUGAUUUUUGCGGUAGUGAGUUCUUCUGGAUGAUCUCUACACUGUGGAAUGAUCAAAACUUGUUUAUGACAACUUUGAAAAUUCGGAUAUCUCCCAAAAACACUUCUGUUUUCUGACGAACGGGGCUCUGAUACCAAUUGUUGGUGGGAGAAACCACUUGUGGUGGCUUUGAAACACUCGGAGGGGAUAAAACACACUGUUUUAUUUCAAGAAACAAAUAGCUUACAAACACAAAAGCUUAACAAUACACGCCCUCUCUCUUUCUCUCUAGUGUUUCUCUCUACUCUCUCCACACAUAAUAGCAUAAGCUCAGCUUGCUAUUUAUACACGAAUUCAAAACAAGAUAAUUCAACCUUCAAGUGUGAAGGCGGCUGGCGGCCAAUGGUGUGAAGGCGGCUGGCGGCUGCGGCUGGUGGCUGGCGGCUGGUCGGUCACAGCUGGUGGCUGGCUGGCCGGUGGUUGCCUUCCUUGACCUUCUAGAUUGAUUGAGUUUAAUACAACAGAAAUUGGGAAAGAUAUAGUGGGAAAAUGCAAGCAAAUUCCUUUGGCAGUGAUUAACUUGGGGACUCAACUGUAUGGUAAAACUGAUGAAAAAGAGUGGAAAUCGGUGAGAGAUAGUGACAAGUGGGAGGAGAAGGGAGAUGGUAUUUUACCUGCUUUGAAGAUAAGUUAUCAACGACUGCCGACUCACUUGAAAAGAUGCUUUCUUUAUUCUUCCAUUUUUCCAAAAGAUCAUCUCUUCUCGGAUCUUGAAUUGGUGCAAUUUUGGAUGGCGCAUGGACUCAUUCAAUCAUCAAAUCCAAAUGAAAACUUGGAAGAUGUUGGCUUGCGUUAUGUGCGUGAGUUGAUCUCAAAAUGUUUCUUCCAAGAUUACGAGGAUUGGAUUUUUGGAGCUUUAUUUAAAAUGCAUGACUUAAUGCAUGAUCUUGCAUCAUCAUUGGCUCAAAAUGAGUGUUCAAUCAUAAGCUCUCAAAACCACCAAAUUUCCAAAACCACCCGUCAUUUGUCAAUUCUCGACUCUGAUUCAUUUUUUCAUCAAACUCUUCCCAAGUUCACAAAUAAAUUACCUCAUGUGCGGUCAAUACUCUUUGCAACUGGCCUAGAGGCUCCUAGAUGCAAGGCAGACUUUGAGAAAUGCUUGUCAGAAUUUAAACAUUUGCGGUCUUUAGAAUUAAUGGAUGGUUCUGAAUUUGAAGCUUUGCCUGAGAAGAUUGGUGCCUUGAAACAUUUGAGAUAUCUCAGUUUUGCUGGGUCAAAAAUGAAAAGACUCCCAAAAUCCAUUUUCAAAUUACAAAAUUUGCAAGCUCUGCUUGUAGGUGCAAAAGGAUUAGAAGAGCUGCCCAAAGAUAUGAGGUACAUGAUCAACCUUAGAUUUUUAUUUCUGGUCACUAAUCAGAAGCGGUUCCUAGAAGGUGGGAUUGGGUGCUUGGAGUGUCUUCAAACUUUAUUCAUUGUUCGAUGUGAAAAUCUCGAAUUUUUGUGCGACGAUAUGCAAGGUCUUAGAAGUCUUCGUAAAUUGGUUAUUGCUGGAUGUAAAAGUCUAAUUUCUUUGCCGCAAAGCAUGAAAUCCCUAACUGCACUGGAGGAAUUGUAUGUUUGCGAUUGUGAAAAGCUUAAUUUAAUGAUGACAGAGGAAGAGAAAGACAAAAAAAUUCAACCGCUUUCCCUUCGGAUUGUAUUUUUUGGAUGGUUAACAACAACAAUUACACUACCAAAACAGCUUCUUGAAGGAUCUACGGACUCCUUACAAACAUUUAUCAUCGGAGAUUGUCCAAGCAUUAUAGAAUUGCCAGAGUGCGUCAGCAAUUUAAAGAAACUUCAAAAACUACAGAUCAGACAUUGUCCAAGGUUAAGCAAAAGGUGCCAAAGAGGAACGGGAGAAGAUUGGCCCAAGGUCGCUCAUAUCCCAAGAAUCGAGGUUGACCUUGAUGACAGCUAAUUAGGGUGAGAUUCACACGGAACUCCUUUAGCUUUACCCAGAGCAAAAGAACAAGACAGGCUUUCACUGGUGUUUUUGCUGAUGGUUAUUCGGAGACUUCAAUGUAUCCGGUGUUGUUGCUGAUAAUUUAGUUUGUUCCAAUAAAGAUGAAGAACGUUUUCUGGAAUUUCCAUUAUCUAUGUGCUUUCCUCGGAGUUCCUGCUAGUAAAUUAUUCGUUGUUGCUACGAUUUCCAAUUCUUGUGCCCUGGCCUAAUUGCUUACGAUAUUCCCGCAUUUGUUCUUGAUGUUACCUGCAUUCAGUUUAUUUGCUGAUCACGAAGUUUGCUCUCUCGUUGUUGAUCUUUGGUUUGGUUUCUUGAGCAAAUGUAAAAGUUAUUUCAUAUAUUCAAGCAACCAUGCCAUGGAAGCUACCCAACCGGAAGGGCCAAAACACUCCACUAGUUUGUUAGCAUGACGGUCGAGAAAUAUGUGAAGAAGCUCAUUUGGACCAUCAAUCUCCAUUCUCUCCCGAUUCCCAGAUACGACCAUAUCUCAUAAUGUUCAUAUCCAUAUAAUUCGACAGCUGAUCUCAGGACACAGGCUGCCACUUCCAAACUGACAUGUUGGUUAGGGAACAUCAUCCAGUUCUGGUAAUGCAGCUUAAACCUGCAGCUUCUUGCGAGUCAUUUCAACUAAAAGAUGGUAAUAUGUCCCUUAUGCUCUGAAGAGGAAACACCACUAUUUUCACUAGAAGAGCAGAUGAUAAUAAUGUGGUGAAGUAUGAACAUGAACAAGAAUGACGUUAGAAUUUUUUUCUUCAAUGGCAGAUAGUUGAACGCUUUAGCCCAAAAUAUAUUUGCAGAGAUUCUACGCUUCAGCCCAAAUUUUUCAUCUAUUUAAGCUCAGCUUGUGGACUA